AUGUCAACACUCUACUGUUGUAAUAUCAUUAAAGUUGCAAAUUACUUUACUUCUUAUUUGGACUAUCUCAAUUUGGAAAUGGUAUGCCAUAAAUUUAGAGGGUUCUAUGUGAACACCAAAAUUAAUCCUCUUCCUAAUGAUUAUAAAAUGGUCAAAUUAUUUGAUAAUCUAAGACUUAAUACAUUACAAGGUGACAGUUAUAUUCAAAGUAUUAAUUCGCCAGUUGGAAUAACAAAUUCAGAAAAAAUACCAUUUCAAAAGUUAGAAAUGGUUAAAUUUAAUCCAUUUGAAUAUACUCUAAAUGAUUGUAACAACAAAAUCUUUAUAACUCGGAAUAUCACAGUGAUAGGAGAGAAUUGUUUUAAGAAUAUUAAAACACUUUUAUUGGUCACUUACUCAUCACCACAAACGACUACAUCAGAUUAUGAAAAGAUGGAUUUUAAUUGUUUGAAAUAUAUUUUGUUGCCAAACAACGUUUCAGUAAUAAAAAAUUGCUGUUUUCGUGAAUGUGAAUAUCUGAGAGAAGUAGACUUACCAAAAAGUUUAUUAACAAUUGGGGACUUUUGUUUCGAAAAUUGUUACGAGCUUUCUUCUAUAACAUUUGGUCUAAAAGUUACUUCUCUUGGUAAAAGUGCAUUUCAUAAUUGUAAAAAAUUGAUACAAUUGAAUUUGCCCAAAUCACUUAAUGUUAUAGAAAGCUCAUGCUUCAUUGGUUGUGAUGGUUUGGAUACCCUUGUAAUUCCUCAGAGCGUCAAAGAAAUUCGGGAGAGUUGCUUCAAAAAAUGUAGUCAACUUUCUUUUGUGUAUUUACCUGAAGGAACUACAAAAAUAGAAAAAGAGGCAUUUAGAAAUUGUAAAUCACUCAAAUAUGUUGUUAUUGAAAACAUGCAAAUGGAAAUCGGCAAUAAAGCGUUUUCUGAUUGUCACAACGACUUUGUAUUAAAAAACAAGUUAACAAAAUUAAUAAAAUCAUUGAAACGAUACAACCGAAAAAUAUAUACUUUUGAUGUCGAAGACUACAUCCACCCCCAAAAGUAG